CUUGACAGUUGACAUUUGAAAAUCAAUCAAAGAUUGUCAUCUUCGUGUAGUGAGUUGUAUUCUGGAAAAAUAAAUAAAACAUAAAUAUUAGAAAGGAUAAAUCAUUUCUAAAGCGCACAUAAUAGCUUCAUUAUGAGCAGCAUUCCUGAAAAUGCACCACAACAUUGCCCUGGGACGCAGAGCGAGGACGCCGGCAAAGCUUCCGCAUGUGCUGGAUGCCCGAACCAAAAUAUUUGUGCUUCUGGCGAAGCGUCCCGACCAGAUCCAGCGAUAGAGCUAAUCAAAAAUCGACUCUCGAACGUUAAGCACAAGAUCCUGAUCCUGUCUGGCAAAGGCGGUGUCGGGAAGAGCACAGUGACGUCACUGCUUGGGCACGGACUGGCAGCACGAAAUGCUAACAUGAAUGUGGGUAUCCUGGACGCGGACAUCUGCGGUCCGAGCCAGCCGCGAGUGCUGGGCGUCCGCGGGGAGCAGGUGCACAACUCCGGCUCCGGGUGGUCGCCAGUGUAUGUAACAGACAACCUUUCGUUGAUGUCCAUCGGUUUCCUACUGGGCAGUCCUGAUGACGCCGUUAUAUGGAGAGGACCCAAGAAGAAUGGUAUGAUAAAACAAUUCCUGAGUGAAGUGGACUGGGGACAAUUGGACUACUUACUCGUCGAUACACCGCCUGGUACAUCGGACGAGCACCUGUCGGCGGUGCAGUACCUGUUGGGGGCGGGGCUGUCGGGCGCGGUGGUGGUGACCACGCCGCAGGAGGUGGCGCUCCUCGACGUGCGCAAGGAAAUACAGUUCUGCAACAAACUCCACCUCACAGUGCUCGGCGUUGUCGAGAACAUGUCGCUCUUCGUCUGCCCUAAUUGUAAGACCCGUAGUGAGAUAUUCCCGGCUACGACAGGCGGUGCGUCGCAGAUGUGUUCAGAUCUGGACGUGCCCCUGCUGGGCAGCCUCCCGCUGGACCCUCUGCUGGCACGCUGCUGCGACGACGGACGGGACUUCUUACAGGAGCUGCCCAACUCGCCAGCUGUCCUUGCUCUAAACGACAUAUUAGACAAAAUUGUGGCGAUAUGUGAGAAAAAUCCCGGCAGUGAUAAUGCUUCAUCAGUGCCUUCAGCGUGAACAACGUAUUAAAGUUGUAUAUUUAUAAUGACCUAGUCGUAAAUGUUACAGCAAGUUUGUGUAUAUUUUUGAUGUAUUAUCUAACAAUUAAAAUAUAAACUUAAGAAGAUACUUAAGCAUAGACGCUGAAUAAAUUUGUAUAUUAUUAAUAAUAAAUUUAGUUUAAA